AUGUCGUUGAAUCUGAUUGGUGAUUAUGACAGUGAUGGAAGUGAUACAUCGGCGGCGAGCGAUGGGUUUUUUAGCUCAAAUCAGAGAGUGAGUGAUGAUGAGGAAGAGCCUUCUACUUCGGAAGAACCAUCGACUGAACCUAUUCAACAGAUGUCUACAUUGAAAUCAGCUCUACUUGGAGGGGAUGACAGCGACGAUUCAGACGAGGAAGCCGAAAAUGAACAAGGCGCAAUAAAGGAGACUAAAAUAACGAAGCAGUACCAUCUGAUUCAAGGAACUUCGCAAGAGCAACUACCAAGCUUUGACCCUUCACGCAACACGGAAUUGGAAUGCAACGUUUUCAUGAAUGACAUCAAACGGGAGGAGUUCCUUAACAAGAAAAUUCUUUCACAACACGUUUCGUUGACAGAGAUCAAGAUAGGGGAUGACAAGCGAAAGAAAAUGGGACCAUGCAGAGCUUACAAACGUGGGGAUUGUCGACGAGGAGAUAAGUGCCGAUUUUGGCACGCGUUACCAAGUGAGAAACAAUACGCGCAACCCGAAGAGGCGGCGAUUACCGUUUGCGAGCCAAGCCUCUACACGUCAGAGCAUGAUGCCUUCAAGAAAAAGAAACUUAAC